AUGCCUAAGGAACCAUCAACAAAGAGACGACCAUCAACCAACACAAAGUCAGAUGAAGGUAAAUCUGAAGGGAAACGGAAGAGACGUUACAAAUGCCAUCCAUUGGAGGCCUUUGUGAAGGUCGAUGAGGUACCCAUAAAUAUGCACCCAAGUCCUUUGUCCAUCAUCAACUAUGAACAUGAAGACCAUCACAAACAAGCAUCUAGAAUGGAAAUGAAGCUCGUAAACUUUCUGUGGGAUUUUAAUUCACCAUGCAACGGACAAGCAAGAUGUCGUUUACCAGUUGAACAAUAUUCUCCUUGGAUCAAUCGAACAGGAGACACUGAAAUCAAUCGUCACAUAAUAUAUGAAUUUGAAUAUCCAAAUUUUCCUUCCUUUGGAGAUGGUGAAUGGGCCAAAAAUUAUAUGACCGUAAAUCAAAAGAAUGUUGGUGAUAAUCUUAGAAAAAGAUUCCAAGUUGAUUUAAGUGAAGAUUUCGACAAUAUUCCUUACCGUUGCAUUGUAUCAAAGUUGGUGAUCUCUUCCGACACCAGAUUGGAAUUAUAUUAUGCCUACUUGUGUCAUUGGGUUCAAGUGAAGGAUGGAAAAUAUUGGAUUGAGAGCUUUUGA